AUGUUCCGGUCCCUGGUCGAGCUUCAGCCUGCUUCCAACCAAGCAGACUCUGAAAGCGUUGCCCCCCUCACCGCGCCCGAGAGAGUGGUCCAGAGAACAUAUCCCGGGGCGCCUGCUCAGGAGAAUGCCUCGAUUGAGCUUCACAGUCUCCCCGGCCGUGGCGGUGAGUACAUGGCCUCUGGGCCAAACACGCCGCGGACAGAGGUGGCUGCGGAUGACUUGGAGAUGAGCAGGCCUUUCUCGCCUGCUCCCGCAGCAGACGCGGUAGAUGCCGUCAUGAGCGCGUGGGACCCGUUUAUGAAUCGCUUCAGGCUGCUGUCCCUGUGUCUGUGUAGUCUCGGGGAUGGGCUGAGCGAUAGUGCCGCUGGUGCUUUGAUUCCUUACAUGGAGACAUACUACGAUAUUGGCUAUGGCGUCGUCUCGCUCAUCUUUGUCGGCCAGGCGCUCGGCUUUGUUGUUGCCGCCGUCGUCCUCGACACGAUGCGAGCCAGGCUCGGCCGAGCAAGGCUGCUCGCAGUGUCGCAGGCCUGCAUGGCCCUGGGGUACGUCCCGCUCGUUGCGACAGGGCCCUUCAUCCUCGUCGUCUUCGCCUUCUUCUUGGUCGGCUUCGGCCUGGCCAUCAAUGUCGCCAUGGGCAAUACCUUCUGCGGCGCCCUGCAGAACGGGACGCUGCUCCUGGGCCUCUUGCACGGCACGUAUGGCAUCGGCGGCAUAUCCGGGCCCUUGAUGGCCACUGCGCUCGUCACCGUGGCCGGCGCAACCUGGAGCAGGUACUACAUCAUCACUCUCGGCGUGGUCUUGAUAUCUCUCGCCAUGGCCCUCUGGUCGUUCUGGUCCUUUGAGAAGGAGCAGAGUCCCGCCGCGCGAGCUCGUGAGGCCCAGCCUGAUGGGACGCUUCUGCUGGGCAUGAUGUCUGCCCUCAAGCUGCGCGUGGUCCUGCUCGGCGCCAUCUUCAUCUUCGCCUACCAGGGGGCAGAGGUGUCCAUCUCCGGCUGGGUGAUUUCCUUCCUCAUCAACGUUCGCGACGGUGACCCGUCGUCGGUGGGCUACGUCUCGUCUGGCUUUUGGGCUGGCAUCACUGCAGGACGCUUCUUCCUUUCGGGGCCUGCUCAGCGCAUCGGAGAGAAGAAGUUCGUCUACGGGCUGGUCGUCGGGGCUAUUGCGUUCCAGAUACUGGUGUGGCUCGUUCCAAACAUUGUUGGUAACGCCGUGGCGGUUUCCAUCGUUGGCCUUCUCUUGGGGCCUGUGUAUCCGUGCUCGGCGGCAGUCUUCAUGCGCGCCAUGUCCCACAGGGAUGCACUGAGUGGCAUGGGGACGAUUAGUGCCUGCGGAAGCUUGGGAGGUGCCGUCGCCCCCUUCUUCACUGGCAUGUUGGCGCAGGCGGUUGGGACGUAUGUGCUUCACCCGAUUGUUGUAGGGUUGUUUGUCGUGAUGUUGCUGUGCUGGUACGCGAUGCCAGUUGACGAGAAGAGGUCAGACUGA